UAGCCUUGGAGACAAAAUUUCUUAUAUUUUUUCAGCCCUGCAAAGACUUUUCAUAAAAUUUCUAAGUGACCAUAGUGAGAAUUGUACACAUAUGGAGGGAAGUUCUGAUAUUGAUCUCUCCAAGAUCAGCCUUAGGCCAUUGGGUCUCGCUGACAUUGAUGAUUUCAUGGUGUGGGGUACAGAUGAAAAGGCCUCUAUUUUCUGCACUUGGGAACCUUAUGCUACCAAAGAAGAAGCCCUAAACUAUAUCAAAGAGAAGAUUCUCCCACACCCCUGGUUCAGGGCAAUCUGCCUUGACAACAGGCCAAUUGGUGCCAUUUUAGUGACCUCGAAUUCCGGCGGUGACCGGUGCAGAGGUGAACUUGGCUAUGUCUUGGGGUCCAAGUACUGGGGCAAGGGGAUUGCAACCCAGGCUGUGAAAUUGGUGGCUGAUACUAUUUUUAAAGAGUGGACACAUUUGGAAAGACUUGAAGCUUUUGUUGAUGUGGACAAUGUGGGAUCACAGAGGGUUCUUGAGAAGUCUGGGUUCCUCAGGGAAGGUGUGCUUAGAAAGUUUUUUAUUCUGAAGGGAAGAACUAGGGACACGGUGAUAUUCAGCCUUCUUUCUACAGAAUGUCAAGCUUAAUAUAUUAAUUUGUACCCAUUAUGCAAAUGUACCCUAUAUACAUAUAUAUUAAAAAU